GUUCUAGUCACACGUAUUCACUGAUAUUGCAGAGCGAACGUACAGAAUUUUAGUGUUAGACAUUUUGAAAAGUUAGCAGGGAAGACGGGCUUCGACGUUAUCGUAAACUUGAGUGCUCAAAUCUGUUAAAUUUUCAAGCAGCUGUAAAGUCCAAACUGGAGUCGGGAAGUGAGAGCCAUCCUUGUCAUCUGCCAUAACCCUCUGCCCAGGUGGGGUCAGCCAUCCCGGAAGGCAAGAGGGGUGCCAGGGGAUGGUCGCCCGAUGGUCGUCUUGACAGACAGUUCGGCACUAAGGGGGCUUUUCUGCUUAAGGACUGGCUGUGGACUCCCGUGCAAGGUCCGCCUCCUUCGAAAGGAAAGCGAAGCAUUUCAGGCCCACCAAGACCAUCACUAUGACCGAUGGAGACUAUGAUUAUCUGAUCAAACUCCUGGCCCUCGGAGAUUCAGGGGUAGGGAAGACGACAUUUCUUUACAGAUACACGGACAACAAAUUCAAUCCCAAAUUUAUCACCACAGUGGGAAUAGACUUUCGGGAAAAACGUGUGGUUUAUAAUACACAAGGACCAAAUGGAUCUUCAGGGAAAGCAUUUAAGGUGCAUCUUCAGCUUUGGGACACUGCAGGACAAGAGCGCUUCCGGAGCCUCACGACUGCAUUUUUCAGAGACGCCAUGGGCUUCCUGCUCAUGUUUGACCUCACCAGUCAACAGAGCUUCUUAAAUGUCAGAAACUGGAUGAGUCAACUGCAAGCAAACGCUUAUUGUGAAAAUCCGGAUAUCGUAUUAAUUGGCAACAAGGCAGACCUACCAGACCAGAGGGAAGUCAAUGAACGGCAAGCACGGGACCUGGCUGACAAAUACGGCAUACCAUAUUUUGAAACAAGUGCAGCAACUGGACAGAACGUGGAGAAAGCUGUAGAAACCCUUUUGGACUUAAUCAUGAAGAGAAUGGAACAGUGUGUAGAGAAGACACAAGUCCCCGACUCUGUCAAUGGUGGAAAUUCUGGAAAGCUCGAUGGGGAAAAACCACCAGAGAAGAAAUGUGCCUGCUAGGCUCUACACAGGAACUGAAAAUCAAGAAACCUACCCAAAUCUUAACUUUCAAAACCAAUGGCAAACCACAAAAUUAUUAUUAUUUACCAUGCACCAUGGCAAAUCUUUCUUUUUCUGCCAGAAAAAACUAUUUUUAAGAAACCAGAAUAGUCAACAGUGUCCAAAAGAAUUGACCCAUUAUCCUUAAGGCCCUUCCCAACAAGAUCAAAGAUUUCCCAAUGUGAUCUCAUCAUCCAAGAUACUCAAUUUGUUUUUCUUAUAAAGCAGAUGAGUAUAUAAGACAGUAGAGAAGAAAUACCAGUGGGUUUUAAAUUAGAGCAAAAAUUACCUGUCACGUGGUGAAAAGGUUAGGUACUAAAGGGAGAGCAUAGAAAGGUGAUUUUUUUGGUAAAGAUGGCGUUUACUUCAUAUAUAUAAUCAAUCUGAUUCGUACUUUAUAUUUGCAACGGGGAAAGAAAACAUUAGCUAAAAAUGGAUACAAUGAAGAAUUCUAUGUGGUUCAUUAAGAAUGGCCUUACUGUGUACACCCGAUAAGCUGUACUUGAAUGAUUAAAUUACUGAUAAGGUUAUGAGCUGAUGAAUGUCACACUUCUGCUAAAAUGUAGGAGAUGGUGCCACAAAGUCAUUUUUGUAUUCUUAAUAAAUAGCAUAUAGACAAGAACAGGGCUGUGAAUGACAAUGUACAAGACAAAUGCCCUGCGGGGGGAAGAUGAGAGCAUGGCAUUUGGACAGCUGAAACUUAAUGUAUCUGUUACAGAUGUCUGGAAGGGCGACUUAGCCAAAUUUCACUCAAGCCAAUUAAAAGCUGACAUUAUCAGUUGGGAUAAAGAGAAUCUCCAGAGAUUUUCAUUUCAAGCAAAAUUUUAAAAAUCAGUUUGGUGUUCAACUUCAUAUCUCAUUUUUUUUCUUAGCAAGUGUGGAUAAACUAGUCACGAGACAUCGGCAGUUGCACUUUAUUCAAUAUCUCUUUUAAAAUGCAGUUAAGGAAAACUAUCUGGCCUUAAAAUUUUUUUGAGAUAAAAUAUGCUGGUGAUGGGGAACAAAAAGGGGCUACUAAUUGUGGCUUUCCCUGUGGUUUACAAAAGCACUGGAAACCCUAAAGCACAUUUUUUUCCCUCCACCCCUCCACCUCCCACCCUCUGCUUUGAAUCAAUUGCAGAAACGCAGGUAUGUCACUGUGGAGGGCACCAAAUUCAGAAGAGUCACCGGUCGGUUCUAUGGUCCCUCUGAAUUUCCCUGUCACUCGUCACAUAAAACUUGAUGAUGCCGCAUUCUGUGUUACAAUAUGUUUUUAUUUUGCCUAAGGCAAAACACCUAGAGUAGCUCAGCUCAGUCCCAAAUAUAGCCCAAUAUUUGGGAGCUGGGGGGGGGGGGAAAUGAAGGCUUAUCUCACCAAAAAUUGGGUCCAUUGUUUUAUGUUUUUUCACCUAAAGCUGCCUUUUCUUUUGGGAAAAAAAAAAAUCAUACCAAAAGUAUUUUCCAUUAGCCCGUCUCGUCAUUGGGUCUAAACUAACAUUACAUUAGUUUUUGAUCUUUCCGAUAAACACAAGCCAUUCCUUUCAAAAUAUAAGUAUUUCAGCCAAUUGUAUCAAUAACAAAUGCAAUGUUCUUCAAGUUUUGUAUUAGAGUAUGUAAUUUUUUCAUGAGAUGGUUUGUCUUCCCAUAAAAUUUCUCAAAUCAAACUUAAUGUUUCCAUAUUCAAUUCAUACUUUUUUUUUUUUUUAAGUUACAAAUGUUGGAGACCCUCAAAUCCCAGUUGCCCAUUCAACCUCUCUUUAUCAACCUCUAUCUGGUACUGACAUGAUUUUUAAAAAAAAGACAGAUCCAGGGGAAUGUCUAGAUAGUUUAUGCUUAGGAUAGACCCUGAAAUGUGUCAUGAAUCAAAACAAUUUGGAAAAGUUGAUGGGAUUUGUCCCCAGUGACGUUCUCAGCAUUGACUGCCUCGCUUGUCUGGUUUCUGCCACAUCACGACAGCUUCUAAGAUCGAUUGUGGUGGGUAUUCCCUCCCACGAUGUUUUCCCUGGGAUGCUCUUUAUGAUCUCAGUGCCUGUGCCAUGAAGAUAGAAAGCUAUUACCUGACAUUUAAGACCUUUCUCCUGGAAGGAAGUGAGCAGAAACAAUAUAGCCAUGGCUGAGGCAAAAUUUGGUGAACUUUUGUGGUCAUGAUCUCAGUUUCUCUUUGGAUUCAAAUUGUGAUGUCCCCUGCAUUUCCCAAUUAGGAACAUUUAGCCUUUAUAAAACCCUAAAAGUAUUCUAUUUUAAUGUAUUUUUGUUUCUUUUCACCUUCCAGUUAUAUGAUUGAUUUACUUAUGCCAAGAUUCUGUCAUUGUCAGUUUCUUAAUGAGUUUCUCAGAGUUUAUUUUAAGAUCAUUAUUUGAUAGCUGUAGCAUGAAGCAGAGGGCGAUGGUGCCCAUAAUUAUAGAACUAGACCUGUAAAAAUCACAAUUAUUGGGUAAUAAUCUUAACAGGGAUGAAAACUGACAAGAAAACCAAUUAAAAUAUUAUUCUACUUAUAAAUAAAUACUUGAACUAAAAAAAUUUUCUGCAAAUUUGGACAUCUGACUCCAAAUUAUAUGUAAUCAUUAUUAGAAAUUCUCCUCUCAUAAUUUAAACAUUAACAGUUAUGUGUAAUUCGUUUUACAAUUUUUAAUUUAUCUGGUGCGGUCACGUAUGCACGCUGCUUUAAAGAAUUCCAUGUCCCCUUCAUCCCACAACGGCAUGUGUUUUUAGCCAAGAUAUGUCCUGUUACUGAUGAUCCCCCAAUGUUUUAGUAAACUAUGUUGUAUUUUGGAGAAAUAUUUAAAAUGUACAUGAAACUCCUUUCUGAUGUAGAAACCAUUUCUGGAGUGUUUACACCACCAGAUUGUUGUUUACAUUGCUCUAACUCAGCACCUCAGCUACCUCUGUGACCAAAUUUGUCUCCAACCACAUAGCUCAUUUCCUAUAAGGUUAUAUCAUAAGAAGCCCCCACAGAGACACUAACACAGCUACAGGUCUUCUGGUAUCUUCAGCAAAGGAUACAGGGGCUUUAAUGGAAUUUGGAGAUUAUAACCACCUGGCUUACUUUGAAUGGAAUGGACACUACUUGAGACCCUUGGCUGUGAUUAGGGAUAAAGUUACCUUUUAAGGGGAAAAAAAGACUCUUUAAAAAAUGUAUCACAAAUAGUCAAGAAAACAUAAUGCUUGUCUUGAUCUUAUAAUGGUCACGAGUUAUGGAUUGGCGGAGAAAAUGCUAAAUGCUGAGAAUUGAGCCUGUAGGUCUCUCCCUAUGAAUUUUCAAAUUCUUGCAAGUUACCACUCUCUCCAGUUUUCUAUCAUUUCCAUCUUAUCAGCUAUUACACUGCAAAAAAUUCAAAACCAGCAUUUUCUCAAGUAAACACUUUAUCUGUUCUUUUGAAGCAGAUGGACCGUUCUAUGUAUCAGUGGGUGUUUUGUCAUGCUUGUACUAUAAAUUGUUGUUUGCCAACCUGUCCAUGCAGAUGAACCAGGCGAGAGUUUUAAUCAGCCCUUUCUUGUCCUCUUUAAAAGAGAGAGAAGCUUCAUCAUAAAGACAUGAUUACAUUUUAAAAAUAACAUAAUAACAGCCACAAUAUCAUCUUCUUUAACCUAUAAAUUGAGUACACCGAGAAUCAACACAUUUGAUGAACCCAUGUGAUUUCUCACCAGUAGAAUGAGUGCAGCAAAUAGAAAGAAAAGCAACAUUAUGCAGUAGGAGCAGCCUUUAGGUAGCCAUCGUGUAGAAAGUCUUGUGUCCAUGAAACAAAGUCAUUCACUGUUCCGCAUCUCUUGUUCACUUAAAAAAGGGCACAUAUGCUUUCCUUGUACGUCACACCAAAUUUUGAGUAAAAAAAAUUCCUCAUUCAUCAGGGAUAUGGGAGUUAUAAUCUAAAACUCAAACUAUAAAGAAAUAAUAACCCAAAUCUGGUUUCCUAAGAUACAUAAUAACCCUUUAAAAGGAAUAUCUGAGAGCUGAUAUUUGCCAGGGUGAUGAAGAGUUGUCUAUCCUCAACUUUAGUCAUCGUCCUCAACUACCAAGCUUUUAACCCUUAAACUAAGUCUAGUGUAUCUAAAUAUUUUAGGGAAAACUUUGUCAUUUUUAAGGAUGCCAAAAUGCUGUCUGUAUCUGAAAAGGCCCAGAAUUCACCAUAAGUUAUAUUUUCUUCUUGAUCUUCCACCAAGUUAUCUUAUUUCUGGGGAAAGUGCCAAGGUCUUACACAUGAAAAGAAAUAUGGAUUAUUAUCUGAAAUGAGUGUUGUCUCAGUGCUUUAUAAAUCCAUGAAGUUACAUGUUUCAUAAAGUAAAACUAAUAAAAUCAUUGUAGACUGUUGCCUUAGAAUUCUUAGGCAGAGACCCAACCACAAUGGCAUUGUUAAGUAAGAACUAUAAAGAGUUAAAAGUUGUCUAAAUUGUGUGCUUAAAUAUAACAGAACAUGGAGAAAGUUAUACUGAAAAUGUUGAUUUUGAGGUAGAAGUCAAAAAAACAAUAGAAAAGAUGUUUGUAACCAGGUCCGUGGGAAAUACUUGUCCAUAAUUUUCAUCUUCCAAGUAGAGAUUUACAGUCUUAGAACCAAGCUAAUACAAAUAUUCUUUAAGCAUUUCAUUAUUGACAUAAAAAUGUAGAAAACUUAGAAACAUUUUGUUUAUGGCCUACAAAUCUAAUUUGUUCAUAAAUCACACUUCGGUUUUUCACAGAGUAGCAGCACAGAGAUGCUUUUCUGCAGAGUUCUUUGUAUCCACAGUGUAUGAUUGAGAUGUUUUUCUCACUAUAUGGAGAGAAUAUCACCAAUAGACAAACAAAAGCAUUAGUACCGAAGUAAUGAAAAUAUGUAAAAGGGUGUCAUCUUUUGGGGGAAAAAAAUACAAAGGAAUCAUCUUUGGUCUGAGUGGUUUAAAUUUGGUUUCCUGGUUCCUUUCUUUCCAGGGUUUGUGAAAGUCAUGGCUAACAUCCUUCAGCUGACUUGGUGGCAAAUACCGUAGGAACUAGCAUGUCUGAUCUUAACCCAUGGAUGCCUUACUUGAUCAGUGAUUGCUGUCCUCAUGCCUGUUGGUACAUCAAGGUGGUUUCUGUACCUAGCAACGUAAUAAUAUAUGCUAACCUUUACUCUUUUUCCAGGUGAUUUUUUCUCAAAUGCUUUUGUAGGAAGGAAAGUGGCCAGAAAGAACGAUUUGGGGACCAUGGGUAGGGCAGUAAAUAUCUCAGCGGCUUAUCCUCAUAUAGGAUUCAUGAACCGUAUGCUCCACAGGGGGUUUGUGGCAGGCCCAAAGGAGAAAUGUAUAAGAAAGUGGUUUAUAAACUAUGUUCCAUUUUUCAUAAGCAGACAGUGUUAUCACAAGCCAAAAAUUAAUAAAAAACCAUAGUCGUAAUUUAAACCACUUGUUAUAGAAAGAAGUAUCAUAGCAGAGAAAACACUAAUUUUGGUAGAGGUAUUGGAAACUACAAAUGGGCAGUCAAGUUGAAGUCACUGUAUUUGAAAAUGUUUAAUCUAACUCGCUAUUGAAAAAAAUAAGAGUUCUAUUUCAAUCUGUAUGUCAUCUUGUAUUUCUUUCAAGGAAACCAGUUACACUCUAGGUAUUACAACCUGGUCAAAAUCUUCCAUGUACACAUUGGGUUUUUGUGUCCAUAGCCUUGUAAAAGAUACUGAUUAUAUCUAAAUUUAUUUAAGAAAAAAACAAAUUAUCCUGCUUUUGUUAGUGUGUUAAAAGUAGGUGAUGUUCUAAUAUAACACUGAAGUGCUUCACUGUAUCCCAACUGUUUACCUUUAAGUAAUGUUCUCCUCAUUUUUAGGCUAAGCACGUUUGAUUGUUUUGUCUGUCUCCUGCACAGAUCUCUGUUUAGUCUAGUGCUAUGAAUGUCAUUUGAAACUGUAAACAUGGAGUUUUUAUUCUAUAUGCCCUGAAUAGACUGCGGUUCUUGACAAACACCGUUAGGUCAUUAUUUUGCUGUACCAAUUUUGCUGUUCUAGUGGCUUCAGAAAUCAUAGCACUCAAUGAUUUUGUGGUGUCUGGGUUUGAAUACUAUGGUUGAGAAUUGUAUUUAGUGAUUGUUUCUGCACAUUUUUCCAAUAAAAAUGCAUUUUUAGCAAUGA